CUGGUUUGCGAGUGGUCGCGACUCGCGGCCACCGAUACAUGUACAACUGUUUUAAACACCGUACAUUAUUAUUUAACAACAAUUACCUGUGUUUUGCACUAUGAGGACACUGUUUGGACAACACGCGACUGUCCGACGAGUAUCUCGUGUUGUUUUAGUGCGUUUUAGUGCUGUGCUGUGAGUAGAAAGUGAUUGGUCACUGCGUUCUUUCUGCCAGAGUAUCAGACAUCGGACAUAACGUGGUGCAAGAUGCAUUCCUCAUCGCUGUGGAGGAGCAGGCUCGGCAGCGCUUGCAGCGGCUGUCAGCGCUCAAGCGGAUCACACCAGUUGACAUGUCCAAGCUUUCUGUAGAGCUAAACCGCCGUAAAAGAGCACAAGCAGAAAAUAGACAAGAACUGAACGGGUACAUCGCAAACUCCACAGUAUACGUCACAUCGAUAAACGAGAACGGAGCUAUCGAAAGCAAACCGACGAUAUCAUCACCGAAAUCACAACUGAAACCACUACAAGCGAAACCUAGUCCAGUCAUCGCGAACGGGGUGAAAGAAGAGAAACGAGAAGUGAUAGUAGAGGAGAAAUCAGAACCGGAGAAACACGAGAAAGAUACGAGUGAAAAGAGUGUUAAAGUGGAAAGUGAUGGUUUGAGUGAUAAAGAUAUAAGUGACGCGUAUAGUGUGGCACGAGAACAUUUGAACAACGGCAGGAGUGAGAAGCUGCUUGGCGAACAGCCAGAGCACAGGAUCAGAGCGACCGCCAUCGUCGAGAACAACAAGCUCGGAUCCGGGGAGGGCCGGCCCCGCAUGCGGUCCGGCUCCAGCAUCGUGGUGGUGGGCGCUGACGAGGAGAAGUGUCCGCCGCCGGAUGACGACAAAGACAUGCUCACUAUGCUCUCGCUCACCUCCGACACCGGUCCCCACCGCGAGAUGGCGGUGGACGUUCCGGACAGCUUCAUCGCGAGAAACAAAACGCCGCCACGCUACCCGCCGCCGCGCCCGCCGCAGGUACGCCUCCGGACUUGCAGGGACGAGGAGCCGCUCCUCUCCUCCGGCGGCUCCGGCACCAGCUUCGGCAGCAAGCAGAGCACCGUGCUGCACAGCAUCGACGUCUCUGGGCCCAGCUCCGAUGGCUCCGGCAGCUUCAAGAACAAUAGCACCAUAGAGAUGCUCUCCUUACCGCAAAGCUCUGACGGAUCAGGAGCGAGUUUCGGCAGCAAGAAGAGCAAAGGAUCGUCUGAGACAGCCAAGUGCGGAGACUCGGAGAGGUCGGAAUCCGUGGCCUCGAACGCCCAUAGCAUCAGCGAUCAUAAAAUCCAACUGUUGAUAUCAAACGGGGAAGACUCUUUACUUGACUGCAGGGAGGGAGUGACGUAUUCAGCUCGGACUGAUUCUGUCCUGAUCCGGGAAGCGGUGUACGCGUCGUACAAGCUGCCUCCGGGGUUCGACACCACCCCGGUGCUGCUCGGCCGGGAGGUGGCGGUCGACGUGCCCGACACCUUUGUCCAAAUCGUCAAAACCACGCCCAAGUACCCCGGUACCGUGGACAGAAAGAGCGUCGCGUUCCAGGUGAACGGCACUGCGAAGACGUCGGCGCCGGCGGUCCCUCCCAGAGAGGUGGCGCGGGACGCACCGCCGCGUCCCCCCGCGCACGACCUCACCAAGGACCAGGCGGACUCCAUCAGGAAGUACCAGGAGCAGUUAAGACAACGCAAAGAGGCGGAGGAGCGGAUCGCGGCGCAGAAUGAGUUCCUGCGCACGUCCCUGCGCGGCUCGCACAAGCUGCGCGCUCGAGUCCAACCCCCUCCAGUCAGUGGCACUGCGUUCGUCAACGAUGCGUACGAAGACGACGUCAGCGAUGACUCUUCGCAGCUUUACGCUGUUGUUGAUUACCAAGAAGUAUGUGCUGCGCUCACGCGCGUGCAGAAGGCGCUGGGCGCGAGCGGCGAGUCGGCGCUGGCGGCGCGGGUGGCGGGCGCGGCGGGCGCGCUGCUGUGUCCCGCGCUGCGCACCGCCCUGGCCACGCGCAGCGCCGUGCUCACCGCCGCCAGGCACAAGCGGCCCGGCCUAGCGCCGCCGCACACGCAUCGCGCCACUGAUCGGCUUAAAGAUUGUAUGGACGUGCUGGGCGCGCACACGGCGGCGGGCGGCGACAGCGCGGCGCUGGCGGCCGAGCUGCUGUCCAUCCUCGGCGGCCUCGAGCUCGAGAGCCUGGUGCAGGCGCACGACCAGGCCGCCGCGCUGCUCGACCCCGCCUGCUUCACCAGGGGGAAGAGGCAUAAGAGCGGAAAUAAUUACAAUCACAAAGGUGACGACAAGAUGGCGACGCACUCCCCCGACGACCCGAGCGAACACAUCAAAAUUAUCAAAAUAGAAAAGACUAACGAACCACUUGGUGCUACAGUAAGGAAUGAGGGUGAAGCGGUGAUAAUCGGCAGGAUAGUGCGGGGGGGCGCCGCGGAGAAGUCGGGACUACUGCACGAGGGGGACGAGCUGCUGGAGGUGAACGGCGUGGCGAUGCGCGGCAAGUCGGUGCACGAGGUGUGCCAGGUGCUGGGCGCGCUGUCGGGCACGCUGGCCGUGGUGGUGGCGCCGCGCGCGCGCGGGCGCGACGCUCGGGACGCGCGCGCGCCGCACCAGCGCGUGCUGCACGUGCGCGCGCACUUCGACUACGACCCCGAGGACGACGUCUACAUACCCUGCCGCGAGCUCGGCAUAAGUUUCCAAAAAGGUGAUGUUCUACACGUGAUCAGCCGCGAAGACCCUAACUGGUGGCAAGCGUUCCGAGAAGGGGAGGAAGACCAGACCCUCGCCGGACUCAUACCUAGCCAGGCGUUCCAACAUCAGCGUGAGUCAAUGAAGCUGACCCUGGCCGGAGAAGUGGCUGCGCGAGACAAGCCUCGCAAGGGCGGCACUCUACUCUGCGCCAAGAAACCUCCGCGGAAGAAGAAAGGCAAGAAGGCCACGAGCGAAGCUGGAUACCCGCUAUAUUCUACUUCUGGUGGUGAUGAGUACGAGCAGGAGGAGAUCCUGACGUACGAGGAGGUGGCGCUGUACUACCCGCGCGCGUCGCACAAGCGGCCCAUCGUGCUGAUCGGGCCGCCCAACAUCGGCCGCCACGAGCUGCGCCAGCGGCUCAUGGAGGACGCCGCGCGGUUCGCGGCCGCCGUGCCGCACACAUCUCGCGGCCGCAAGGAGCACGAGGUGCCCGGCCAGGACUACCACUUCAUCUCGCGCACGCAGUUCGAGGCCGACAUACUCAACCGGAAGUUCGUCGAACACGGCGAGUACGAGAAGGCUUACUACGGUACAUCACUAGAGGCAAUCCGCGAGGUGGUGAACUCUGGCAAGAUCUGUGUUCUGAAUCUGCACCCGCAGUCGCUGAAGAUCCUGCGCAACUCAGACCUCAAGCCAUACACCGUGUUCGUCGCGCCGCCGAGCCUCGAGAAACUACGGCAGAAGAAGAUUCGCAACGGAGAGGCGUUUAAGGAGGAAGAGCUAAAAGAGAUCAUAGCGACGGCCCGCGACAUGGAGCUGCGCUGGGGCCACCUGUUCGACAUGAUCAUCAUCAACAACGACACGCAGCGCGCCUACCAGCAGCUCCUCAACGAGAUCAACAGCCUGGAGCGCGAGCCGCAGUGGGUGCCGGCGCACUGGCUCAAGCACACCUAGCGACCCACGCGCGGCGCACGCGCUCCACGCACACGCCACGCACGCGCCACGCACACGCGCACGCGCGCCCCGAGGGCCGCACGCGCCAGUGCUCGCCAGGACGUUAGUGCGACACCGAGUGAUACAGUGCGAAACCAAUUCCAAACGAGUUCUGUGCAUGAGUCUUCAGGCAUGGACGCCGUGCAUUGCGACAUUAUUAGUGCCACCACGGGCGCGGACUACGCGCGCGACACGUGCGUCGCCCGGCGCGACUCGGCGUACAAGCUGAUGCUGAUGUUGGAGAUGGUGGCGCGGAUGGUGGUCCACGUGCUGGUGGACUUGGUGAAGGCGUUCGACCCGAGAGUGUUGCGCGACCGCCUGUUCGGCUGGGGCCGUCGCCUGCGCCCGCCAGCAGACGACAUAGAGUAUAGCGAUGUGUUCCCAAAUUAUUUAGUUAAUAACGACAAUCUGAAGCGAAUAGUGAGCGAGUGUAACGAGAGAUUAUUUUCUUAGUUCCAGCCAGUUCAGACUAUGUCGGACUGUUACUAUAAGAUAUCACCACGUACUUCCAGUUAUGGACCAAACGGUUUGUAGUUUCGACGUAGUUUGAACAGGAUUAUCAAAUUAAUUGAAACAUUCCACUGGUCAGGAAUGAUGCGACAUAUUGGUUUUGUUGUUAGGUGUGCAAGAAAUGUUUUUAUGUGAUUGAAUUUCAUUAAGUUUCACUAAGUCUUAGCAUAGAAUUGCUAAAGAAAGACUUUGUUUAAAAGAAUUCUAAUGUGCAACUGUACUGAUCGAAUCGUCAUUAUGUGUUAUUCGUUAUGUUACCAGGGUUGCCGAUUGUUAUUUUAGCCAUUUAAAAAAGUCUUCAUAUGAAUUAUACUGAAAUUUUAUCGCAAUACUACAAAAGAUGUGAAAAUAUAAAACUAAUUGUCCUUUAUUCGUUGGCAACCAUGGAUAAGUAAGAAAAUAUAAUGGAAAGAAUAAACAAAAAAUGCUUUAUUUAUUAUUUUUUUUCAAAUGAACAUUAAAUUCUUUUGUUAUACUCGUAAAUACUGGUAACCCUAAAAAAUAUUUAAUUAAAUAUACAGUGACUGCCUUAAAAAUAGUGUUAGUGUUGUAUCCGUUGAUUGUGAAAAUUAUUUGAUAUUGAUACAAUAAAAUUGAGGGUUGCCAUGUAAAACUCGGCGAAAUGUCAUUGAUCGAUUUUUAGGAGAUACAUUUUAUUACAUUCCCUAAUGGCUUUACUGCGUAUUUGUGAUUUUAUGAUACUUCGUUAAAUAUUAUUUAUAUAGGUAUAAUUUAUAUUUCUCUUUGCAUAGCUACCAUGUAUCAAACAGCGAGAAAGUUUGAAUGUAUGUAAUGACAAAUAAUAA